UUAAGAGUGCAAGAGAAGUCAAGAAGGUCAAUAAGGUGUUUUGAAACUUAAGACAAAUAUGAGUGAACAAUAGGAAGUGUACUGGAAUCCUAUGAGAUUAGUUUCUGAUUACUUUUUAUGUCACUUAUAGACAACUGAUUUAAUUCAUAUAAUAUGGCUUAAGAAGAUUAUUGAUAGAUAUUUCCGUGUUCAUUUUAAUUCAGAGAAUCUUUAAUUGUUGAAAUUUGCAGCAUUUUGGAAAUCUCAAUAGCCAUACACUACCUGUCAACUUAUCAGCGGUUCUGCAGCACCACACUACAGUGUUGUAUUAUAAUCCCUUUACCGACCGUAUUCUGGUCGGUGAUUUUGCAGGGUUUAAAAGUCUCUGCUUGGCAUUAUUAAAAAGUAUUAAAGAGAGCACUGAUUAUUAAAAAUAGAGACUUGAGCAAGUCUAUAAUUUCAGCUUCUCCAUCGUCAAAUUCCUAAGUAAAAAUAUUCCAUUAUCGUCUGGAUAUAAUUACUCUUCAUAUUCAUAAUAAUUCUGGUGGACCUAACCUCAAUCCUGUAGUUAUAAAGUUUAUCAAUCUUGAUUUUGUUCCAACACCAAACAGUACAGCAAUAAACAUAGAAAUGUAGAUGACGUAAAUACUUAUUUUACAUGAAAGUUUCUUGCAUAAAGAUUCAAAUGUUUCACUAUUUCGAGUUAUCAAAUUGAGAAAGACAAGUUGAUGUAGCAUGCGUUUUUCGCUGUCUGUCAGCAUUUUAAAAGUUCUGAGCUUGUUAUAAUGAUCCAUUCUUCAAAAUUCAACAUAUUAGGUAUCGCGUGUUUCAUACCGAUUUUUAGUGUUAUGGAUUAGAAUUUACCCGAAGAUCAGCAGGAAUGAAUGCAAGGUGAAGAUAACGAACAGUGAUCAAUCUCAUAACUCCUACAAGCAAUACAAAAUAGAUAGUUGGGGAAACACGGACCCCUGGACACACCAGAGGUGGGAUCAUAUGCCUAGGAGGAGUAAGCAUCCCCUGUUGACCGGUCACACCCGCCGUGAGCCCCAUAUCCUGAUCAGGAUUUAUUUUCCACGUGGCCAUUAUGAAUUAAGAUUCAACUUGGAUCAUUUCAAAAUGAAGAUCUUCAUUCUAAUGUUGGUGGUGAUUAAGCUUUCAGAUGCUGUUAUUUUGGAAGUACUGCGCGGUUUUCUUCGAGAUACCAGAGAGUAUAACACCAGUUUUGAUGAAUUGACCCAUUCAAGUUUGAAGAAUGCCAAGGACUCACAAGUUGUCCCUGCAGAACAGAACUCUCAUUUGGAACGUUUAGAUGAACCACACAUCCUCUAUGCAAGAAUAGAAUUUACAAGUUCAGUUUUGGUAGUUGCUUGCGAUUACUUACUGAAUUUUGGAAAGAGCCUUGCAGUAUUGACAUGCGACUUUCUUGAAAACAGGUGGAUGGGCAUGUGCAUGCUACAGCUGCUUAUUGUCUUCAUGUAUAUACUCAUCGGUUUGAAGCCAAAACAAAUAGUAAUUAUGAAGAAUCAUAAGAAAAUUAUCAAGGUUUAUCGUAAACGCAAGCAUUUCACCUCCAGAUAUCCCAAAGCGAGGAAAUUAUGCGGAAAAACUAAUUUGACAGGGGUCUUCAAAAACACCCCGUUAAGUGCAGCAGUUUCCCUAGAAAAUAAUCAUAACGAAACGUCGAUAGAAUGUGUCCUAUCUUACAAACUUCCAGAAAAAGACACAAUUCCGCUUCUCAUCAAAACCAAUAAUGGCAAUGAAUUACCAAAGGCUUGCAUAAAGAUUAUAAGAGAUACCUUUUUUGGAUGUGACAAUUUUCAAAAAAAAUUGAAUGAGAAAUCUGAAAUAAAUCUUCAAAUGAAGGCACUUUCUACUGGAGCUUCUACUGAUCAUAUCAUGGAAACUAACUGGAAACAGUAUCGUGACCAAGAUGAAAUUUUGGAUUCAGAUGAAAAGGAUUUUAUUGCUUUUCAGAGAGAAGGACAAAUUUUCUCUCUAGGAAGAAAUCGAUCUAAUAGCGAUGCAUUGGUAUCCGAGAGUGGAGAGCAAGAGCCAAGUUAUGACUUAGAAGAAGAUGCUAGUCAUGUCGCUCAAUUUGACAGUACCGAAUACAAAUCAGAAGUUAACGAUCUGGAAAUGAAAUAUGAGUCUGAACUAUAUUAUCACGAGGAUGGCAAAUACGAAAUACAACAAUAUUACCAUGAGAACGACAACAUAAUCAGCAAGUCAGCAAAAGUAUGGACAAUGGAAAAUGAAGGUAUUUAUACUUACGAGCAAAUUCAUGAAUCAACGGAUGAAACACAUUUGAAACAUGUAAAUAAGAGCGCAGCUCAUGACAGGACUAAAUCACAAAAUGACACUGGAGAUGAAAUGAAAAUGAAAUUGGACAUACCAUCUGAUACCCAAUCAUGUCCAUUGCCUACAAGAAGAGAGGGUUCUGCAUUCCCAUUAAGGAGAUCACAACAAACAGUUUCACGAAACGUGCAUGUUAUUGAAGCAGAGGAGAAAACGUCUGACGUCAGUGCAAUAAAUAUAUACACAACUGACAAUGAGUUGGAUGAAAAACUUAAGGCAUUCAUAUCUGUGAGGUCAUCUGAUUUGCAAGAUAUUUCAAAUAAACAUGUUUCUCAUUCGCGAAAAACACUUGCUUGCUGUUCGCAUAGUAGCGUUAGUCCUCAAGAAACAGACACCGAUGUCACUCUUUCUGGAAAUGCAAGUCGUAUUUUGAGUACAAAUGUCGAUGGCAUUGACGUGUUAAAAAAGAAGGCUAAUCGUACAUUCCUCCAUCACAAGAUUAUUCAGAAUGAAGUUACUCAAAUUGUGAGGUCCUUUUUCAGUUCCAAGCACUUCGCAAUCAUGCAAAUACGCAGACGAAAACGACGAAGAUCUCGAUUUAGGAUGUUGAAAUAUUUAUUGAGAUUUUGCAGACAUACUUCACAUUCUUCUCCCAUUACUCACAGAAACCCAGACACUGUCUCUGUAGAGCCUCGAGAUGGUCAGAAUUCCAUGAACUACUCCAACGAAAUACCAGAUCAGUUGACAUCUGCAGAAAAUGGACGGUGUCAACACGUCCCGAACAAUCCGUUAGUUUCCGGUGGAUUGGAAGUCGGUGCAUUUGCAUCCGAAACUGGAUUAGAUAAUGAGUUUAUACGUCUAAGUACUUUCAGUACCUUUCACAAUAUCUUUAUCUCUGCAAUAUGCUUGGCGCGAAAUGGUUGGUAUUAUUCAGGAAAAAACGAUAUGACAAUAUGCUUUAGUUGUCGAUCCGUCCAUUUCCAAUGGCAAGAAGGAGAUGAUCCCACAUCCUUCCAUGACAAAGAUUGUAGGAUGGCCAAUCGCGCCUCAGCACAUCUAUGUACAGACAGGCUUCCUGAAGAUAUUAUCACUGAAAGACCAGACUUACAAACAACCGGUGGUACUCAUAAUGAUUGUCAAAGACAUGCAGAUCAUACGCAGAUUACAGAUCAACUUCCGUUCACCGACCACACAUGUCUGAAUCGGCAUACUCCAUCAUUUUCAUCUGUACCGAUGGUGGCAGCAAAAGAUGCUGGAUUGGAUCUUUGCAGUGAUCCUACACAGAGACGAAAAGUUAUAUGUCCCCAGUGUCUAGAGAUCAGAGAUCUAGCACGCUGCUCAGUGUGUGGUCGCUAUGAUUGGUGUUCAGAUUGCGCAUAUCUCAAUAAUGCUUGCUGGAAGUGUCACAAAACAUAAGUUUCGUUCGAGUUGGGUAUUGCAGUCCUCAACCAACAGCUGUAUAUAGAAACACCAUUUCAAAACUGUCACCAAACAGUUUCAUUGAAAAUUAUGAUAAGCGUUCUGCGUGGACACCAAAAUGGAGUAUUGUGUGGGGGAAAAAAGCCCCGAUGCAAUUUAGUUUUUUCCCUUGGAUAUACAUGACAAGUAAUCCUCCUCCUCCUCUGAAUGCUUGGUAUGAAAUCACUUUUUCAAGCAUUUUUUUAAUAUCGAGCAGAGGCUUGAACAAAAUUUGUUUCAGUGAUAACUUACAGCCUUGUCUAUCUAAUAGAUACAAUUUGUUUGUCCAAAGUUUUUAUAGAUAACAUUUAUAAAUUCUAUACUGUGCACCUCAAAUAGCUAUUAUAAUGAAAAAGAAAUACAAAAUCAUGAGCAGAGUCAACAGAGAGCCCUAAAGACAUCAAUGGAGGUAUAAGGUGCAUAGGUGAAGUAACCACACCCUGUUUAUCGGUCACACCGGUAAUGAACCACAUAUCCUGAUCAGGAGGUAAACAAUACAAUCAGACGUCAAACGCAAUAUUCUAAAAAAUGUCUGCUCAUACGGUUUGAAUAAUAAAUGAUAUGAAUCUCAUA